AUGACAUGUUCACAUGUUAUGAAUGAAUGUCUUCAAGGACAAUUUUGUGUUAUUACAACAAAUCAUGUUACAUCAUCUUAUGUAGCAUCGAAAAAUGUCAUCUAUGCAAAAUUAGAAACACUUAUAGAAAACAAUAUAUUUUGUCCAUCAUCACCCUCAGUGCCAAUCAUAAUGAAUUCGUCUAUGUCUAUACAAGACCAAUGGACACAAGCAAUAGCUAUUAUUAGUGCACAGCAUCAAAAAGAAAUGCAAUCUAUGGUAAAUACAAAUACUGCUUCAAGCUAA